GCGCGUUUGGCGCGUUCUGUUCUUCAGUGCUUGCAUUCACGAUUCAAAAUAUUCAUAAGCAAAAUGCAAACUCCCCUCAGUAAAAUUGCUUUAAAAACAAUUAAGAGUGAAGUGUAAAAUUAAACAAAAAUAAAUUAAAAAAGUAUUUCACGCUAAUCGCGUGGGGAGUGCAAACGAAACACAAACCAUCAACAACAACAACGGCGCGCUCAGUGCAGUUGACAACCUCAGCGGUGGCAUUCAGCAAACAAAACUGACCGAUGCAACUAAAAGAGAAUAUAACAAAAUAUAGUAAAUGAAGAAAAAUAAAAACAAAAAACAACAACAAAUUUCCGCAGAAAUCCCCAUUGUUAAUGUUACAACAAUAAGAACAACAACAACAUGCAUGCCUUCACCACAACCCGCCACAACCCUUCAACUACGACCACAACUCGUGGCCAACACAACACAAUUGGCCUUUUAAGCAGCUUCAUGCGUCGCUUAUUAAAACUUUUGAUUAGCUGCAUUCUCAUGCCGGCCAUGCAACAUCACAUUCACAUUAAUUGGUCUCCAAUGUCAACAUCUCCAAUGUCAUCCAGCGUCAUCGUUCAUGCCUCGACGAUUUCCGUUUCGGUCACCAUGUCUGCCGCUGUAAACGCUACAGCUAAUGCCAGCACAGGAGAGGACGCUGCAGCGGAAGGAUUAUCUGUGCCAGUAACAGCUGAGCUGAAUGUUGGUGUUGUUGCAGCAGCAGCUUUAUCUGGUUUGGGUGCACGCGCUCCCGCCUCUUGGUCAGUGGCUGCUUCGCAUAUGCGUCUGACACAGCGUAAUAAUCAUGCGAAUAUCUCCGAGUUGUUGGAUAAUUUAUUACGUGGCUAUGAUAACAGCAUAAGACCGGGAUUCGGUGGUCCUCCCGCCACUGUGGAGGUAGACAUAAUGGUUCGAAGUAUGGGUCCCAUUUCAGAAGUUGACAUGACAUAUUCCAUGGACUGUUAUUUCCGUCAAUCAUGGGUCGAUAAACGUUUAGCCUUUAAGGGUGCACAGGACACGUUGGCUUUGAGUGUAUCGAUGUUGGCUCGUAUUUGGAAACCCGAUACAUAUUUCUACAAUGGCAAACAGAGUUAUCUGCAUACAAUAACAACGCCAAAUAAAUUUGUGAGAAUCUAUCAAAAUGGCAGAGUGUUAUAUUCGAGCAGACUGACCAUCAAAGCUGGCUGCCCAAUGAAUUUAGAAGACUUUCCAAUGGACAUACAAAAAUGUCCACUAAAGUUUGGCUCGUUUGGCUACACGACAGCGGAUGUUGUUUAUCGUUGGAAUCGCGAGCGACCAGCUGUGGCCAUUGCCGAGGAUAUGAAAUUGUCACAAUUCGAUUUGGUCGAUUGUCCGGCGGGCAACCUCACCGAUGUGAUCUAUAAAGCAGCCGCACCGCACGAUGCGACGCACAGCAGCAGUCAACCGGGUGGUAGAGUGCGCAUAAAUAGCAAUAGCAAUAGCAAACAUAACAACAACAACAACAACAAUUAUUAUAACAAUAAAAAUGCCGCAAGCAAUUUCAAUCAAAAUCGUUACAAUCAGAAAUAUGGCAGUAAAUCGUUGAACACAUUUGCCGGACCCGGCGCGAAGAAUCAGCAUGUGCGCGGCACGGGAUUGCAGUUGGACAAAGGUGCCUUUGGAGCUGAGUACUCCAUGCUCAUGGUGAAUUUCCAUUUGCAACGUCACAUGGGUAACUUCCUCAUACAAGUAUACGGUCCUUGCUGUCUGCUAGUCGUACUCUCAUGGGUCUCAUUUUGGUUGAAUCGCGAGGCUACCGCUGAUCGGGUUUCACUUGGCAUUACCACCGUACUAACAAUGACCUUCCUCGGCUUGGAGGCGCGCACUGAUCUGCCGAAGGUACCGUACCUUACCGCACUGGAUUUCUUCGUGUUCCUCUCGUUCGCCUUCAUCUUUGCCACAAUACUUCAAUUUGCGGUCGUCCAUUAUUUCACCAAAUAUGGUUCGGGUGAAUGUUAUUUCAUUAUCGAGGAAAUGGAUUCGGAUACCGAGUCGGAGGCGGAUGCGCGCACACUGAAGAGUGACUUUAACGUCAGCACCGAGUCGAAAUUAUAUGAAGUCAUACCGUUGUCGAUGUGUUCAAUACCAAUACAUGGUGCCGGCAAGGGUUCAGCAUCGGCGAGCAGCAGUGGUAUUGGUGUGGGCAUUGGUACGCGUACACGUCGAAAUUCGGCCACCAAACGGCGUAUAUUGAGUGGUGGUCGUCGGUAUAGCUUUAGCUGUUUCGGCUGGUCGUGUUUCCGGCGCAGAAAACGUGGUCGUGUUGGUUUCGAUAUCUCCGAUGAGGAUGAUGAGGAGGCCCAUCUGCGUGCGGGUGAAGAACCCACACCACAUCGCGGUUCCGGCAAACGACGUAUGUCUUUCUAUCGUCGCGAGGAAUUGGAGGCGCGCCGCAAGGGCAAGCGUGUGCCACAAUAUAAUUCCGUAUCGAAAAUAGAUCGAGCAUCACGCAUUGUCUUUCCCAUGCUCUUUUUGGUUAUCAAUGUCUUCUACUGGUACGGCUACUUGUCGCGCAGCUCACGUAUAUUGGCGAAUACGCCGUCGACCACCUGAUGUUACCUUUUAGCAAUUUAGAUCAAGUCCGAGAAGAAAUCAAACGUUGGGCAAUGUUGGCGGUGUGCGAGACGCAACAAAAUUUAAAGAGUUUUAAAAUAAAAAUAAAAAUGAAUACUAUGGAAUUUACAACAAUUUGAUUAGAAAAAGGAUUAGGACUUAAAAUUUGUAAAACAAAAGCUGCCGUUCAAAUUAGAAUAAGUACACAAAUUUUACGAAACAGAAAAAACUACACAAAUUUAGGUAUGAAUUAUCCAGAGUAAAUAGAUUUUCACCGGCUGUCAUUGCUUAAGCACGUUUUUUGCUCUAAAACGCAAGUUUCUUCUUUACUAAAUUGCUAAAACAAGGAAAAUCUACGGAAACAACUCAAAGGGGACUUUGUAAAGCGAAUGAGAAUUCAUAGAGAAUGAAAUAAAUUUAAGUUAAAUAUGAAAUACUUAUAUGUGUCUG